AUGUUCAGACACAGGCCCAUCUCGGCCAAGCUCCUCGCUGCGGCGCGUCCCAACCCGCUGGUCCGCUUCUUCUCGGCGGCACCAUCGCACUCGCCCACCCAGUUCCCUAGCACAGUUAGUCUGCCCGCGCGGACGUUCCCGCGAUAUCUGCAAAGCACCAAGCCCGGGUCCUCUUUGCUCUCUCUCAAGUGGCCCAGGCCGCCGCAGAACCUCCUGGUCGUGCUCAAGCUCCACUCGGAAGAGGUGGUCGAUUCCGUUGCCAAGUUUGCCGAGUACGUUCGCAGCGAGUACCCCGUCAACGUCGUCGUGGAGCCGCGCAUGGCCUCGAUCGUCCAAAAGCGGCUCAGCUUUCCCAUCUACGUGGCCGACAACCGAUCCAACAUUGCCGACAAGAUUGACAUAGUAGCCACCUUUGGUGGAGAUGGAACGGUCCUCCGGGCCGCCAGCUUGUUUAAGCUGCAUAGCUCCGUCCCCCCGAUCCUGUCCUUCCGCAUGGGCACGCUCAGCUUCCUGUGCGAAUGGGACUUUAUAGAGUACAAGAAGGCGUGGAGAGAAAUGUACAUGAGCGGAAGCGAUGUGGCCGCACGCAGCGCCGCCGUGCCGCGCCCCCACCUAGGCGAGCAGGGCUUCACAGACUUAUCGGGUGUCGCCGGGUGGGAGCUCCUCAGGGGCAAGAGUCUCGGGCCCAGCAGGGCUUCCAAAGUCAUCCUCCGCCACCGCAUCAAGGCCGACGUCUGGGACGGCGCGGGUCAAAAUAUGACCCACCAGGUCUCGGAUACGCUGGCCAGUCAGGCCAAGUCGGGAAUCGGAGGCAACGAGGAGCCGAUGCCGUCGGUGCGGGCCGUCAACGAAAUACUAAUCCGUCGGAUGCCGGAGGCGCCGCCGGCCAUCAUUGACAUUUUCCAAAACGGGCACUUCUUCACGCAGACGGUGGCCGACGGGAUCCUGGUCAGCACACCGACGGGCUCAACGGCCUACAGCCUGAGCGCCGGGGGACCAAUCGUACACCCGCUCGUCAGGUCGCUCCUCAUCACGCCCAUCUGCCCCUUGAGUCUCAGCUUCCGGUCGUUGGUGCUGCCUCUCGACACCAAGGUGUCUCUGCGGAUAAGCCCCAAGAACCGAGGGCGGGAGAUGUACCUCAAAGUGGACGGCAAGACAUGCGCCCACGUGGCUUCUGGGGCCGAAGUCCGCAUCGAGGGGGAGUUUGUCGGGCGGACGGCGCCAGGCGAGGAGGUGCACGGCGGAGUGCCGUGCGUGAUUCGAUCCGACGCAGACACGUGGGUAGGAGGGCUCAACGGGCUGCUCAAGUUUAACCGUCCAUUUGUCAGGGGGGCGAGCGAGGACGGCGACGAUUAG